AUGCCUGCCGACAGCUGCAGGCGAAAAACGUAUGGACACAGUCUCCCAUUGGACCACGGCCUUCAAGCCCGGAAACAACUGAUUUUGAUAUGGAAACCGGCCGUGAAAGCCUACAGUGUUACUCUCCGAGGUCCUUUACGGCGAAAAAAGAAAAAUCUCUCCACAGAACGCACGGAAGCAGCAGCCGCCGUGAUCCCGGCGCGGUUCCGCCGCGUGCCGCGCUUCGUGGGCGUGGCGCGUCGCGUCAACUGGCCCGUCUUCUCGCUCAUCGUCACCUCCUUCUUCGACCGGCAGCGCUGGCCGGCCUUCUCCGCGCUGCCCCGCGCCUUCCAGAACUUCUGCGGCGGCGCGCGCGUCGGCCCCGAGGACGCCGACGACGACUUGCCCGGCUUCGCGCCCGAGUGGCUGUUCCACCUGCGCGAGAUGGACGACCGCCUCUUUUGGGCCACCGUCGAACGCUUUUUCGCCGAGAAGCGCUUUCCGGCGUGGCAGCAACUGCCUGCGGAGUACACUGCGUGGUUGAAGACGUUGAAUGUGCGGGAGUUUGAUUAUCCUGCGAGUGAGUCUGUGCCCGAUGGCGCGACAAAGCCUUCCGAUGCUUAUAUGGAUCGGCGGUUGAUGUUGACGAAGAAGGAAGGUCCGAAAAAUCGGAAGAGUUUUCCGUUGACAGAAGAUCUCAUAAGGGGUGUCAUGCAUUCGUUGAAGUUUGAGUGA